UUCGGUGCAACAAACAGAAAGAAAUCGGAAGAAGAAGAAGAAGAAGAAGGAUGACGCCAUCACGCAUCCAUCCGACCUGUCCUUGAAGCCGAGAAAAGCAAGAUGGUCGCUUACUGGAGGCAGGCAGGCCUUAGCUACAUUCGCUUCUCCGCCAUCUGCGCCAACGCGGUGCGGGCUGCAAUGAAGCCGCAGUUCAAAGCCGAGGCAGUCAAGGCCGCGGAGGCGAGCGUCAAAGUCUCCAAACCCAAGACAACAUGAUCCAAAACUGUGUACUACAUAGUUCUCCUGAACUUGGGAGGUGCUGCUUGGAGGAGAGUGGAGAGCUGGAUGUCAUCAAGAUGGCUUGGUUGAAGACUGGGGAUCUAAAUAAAAGUGUUUUCCUUUUUUCAUUUAUAAACUGAAUAAACAUGAAUAAAUAUGAAAUGGGCAUUUUUCUGUCCCCCCCCCCCCC